AGGGUCUGGGAAGCAGCCUCCUGCCUCAGCUCACCCGGUCAGUCCUCUGCUGUUCCUGAAAGUGCAGCAGGGCUCACUCCCUGCACAUCCUUGUGGGAGCCCAAUCAGAGCAGCCAGCUACCUCCCACCUGCCUGGUUAGGAGAGAGUAAGGACACGUGCACCUGUGCAACUGAGGCCAAGGCAGUUCCUGUCACAAGCUUCUCCAGUACAGAAGACUGGACAUCAUCCUACAGGAGCAACAUCAAAAUGAGAUCUGUGUCACAUUGUACCGGCAGAGGGAACUUUGGUCGUUGCCUAGUAGCCUUGCUGAGAAAUAAGAGCCGUUAUCAGCAGAUGACUGACAGCCGUUGCUAAAGGAGACCAAGGUGUACACGUUCAGUGCACGCAUUCUGUGCGCGCCUCUCAAGCCUUUCCUCUCAGAUUCUGCUUCAAAACCACGUUUGAUUAACCUUAUUGAAAUCUGAGCAAACGUGUAGACCCACUGCUGAGCAGGGAUGAAGGUAAGCACACCCAAUGUCCCUUCCUCUUAAGGUGUUUGAUACACAGAAAGGAAAUUUUUAACAGAGAACGAGACAUCCAAACAAGUCAUUACUGUAGAUGGUUUCCUGGUAGCAUGAAGAAACAAGAGAGAGCCAGGGCUCUGUCAGAGCCAAACUGGAAACACUAAUUGACUUUUACUCCCUGGGAAAGAAGAUGUAGCCAUGACAAAUGGCUCUGUGGUUUGAAUCAUUAGAGACUGAAGAGAGAGCUGCUAGUUAAUGGGACUCUACUGGGCAGAAAUGGCUGUAUUAGGAUCGCUGCGAGCAAUUUGCAAGAUGUGUUUGGAGGGCACAGGAGAAAUCAGCAGGUCCCCAGCUGAUACCACGUGGCCAGGCAGAAAGCAAAGAGAUAAAGCAGUGAGACUGGGAAGGGUCAGAGAGGAACUGGCAGCACCUGAUGGCUGUCCUCCUCUCUGGGGCAGGCAGCGCUGUACAGCUGCACCAGGCAGCCUCACCUGCCCACGGACCAGGAGCUGUGUUUAAACUCAGGCCGUGGGCCUCACUCUUCUCCUGAGCUCUCUUGUACGUAGGUCUAUCUCUAAGCCCCUCCCUUGCUAUUUCUGACGGGCCUCUCUGGAUGUCCUCUGCCUCGCUGCAUCCCUAAGUCUGCAGAUAGGCUGUCAGUAGCUUUCUGGGCUGCCUGCCCUGGGAUGGUGCCUCUUAGCUGUGAGCACAACCUGGUCAUCCUUAUCUCCAGUCCUGCUCCCACAGCUCCCUGACACAGCUGCAUGUUGUGCAGCAGAUGUCUCCAAAGAGGAUGACUCUCCAGGAGGAUGUUCUUCUGCCUCAUGGCCCCUCUUCUGGGGGAGAGUUGCCUUCCAGCUAUAGCAGCUGAAUGUGUUUAUUUGCUGAAAAAAAAAAAAAAAACAAGGUAUGGGUCUGAUGCUCCUUAUUUAACAUCAUAAGCAUCAGAAUUUAUUCUAGCUGCUGGAAGAAGUGAGCUCAGAAAUAAUUCAAGGGUCAGUUUUCUAACAUUAGACUGGAAUUGUCUUUAUUUACUUUUACAAACAUGGCCAAAGCUCAAGGCAUUCUAAUGUUAUGUAUUCUUCAGUAAACACGAUUAACUGGAAACUUAGAAACACUCAUUUCAUUCUUUCCCUUGGGACUGGUCACUGUGAGCUGUUUUCUCCAGCCAGAAAGACCGAUUCAGUUUCCCCAUGGGUGCAACGUGCCUGGAAAUAAUAACAGCAGUAAUAAAGAGUGGGGUGGGGGAAAAAGAGAUAUGAAGUAGUAGAGCUCGUGUCCCCUUCAUGAAUGGAACAUCAUAUCUAGAGUUUCCCCAACAUGUCUGGGCCAGCACGGCUUACACAGAGAGGCUUUGGCACUGCAAAACUUUGCAGAGCAACUGGGGAGCGACCUGGCUGUUGGUAGGUUUGAUGAUGCAGUCAAGCUUGCCUUAGUGCAGUGGCAAAGCAGCAACAAAGCUUGGUACAAAUGGAACGGUCUGGAUUGCAGAGGGCAGCUGCACCUUCCCAGCUGAAGACAGGUUGCUCAGAGCCAGUGAGUAAAACCAAAAUGGGAGCGCUGAAACUGGACUUUAGACUUCUGCUUAGCAUCUCCUGAUAACUCCUGGCUGAGGAAAUGCAGAGAGCUUCAUCACCCAGAGCCUCAGCAAGGUGGAAAGAAAUGAAGUGCCCGUGUAGUAGGAGUUUUUCUACCUGGCUGUUACAAGCUCCAGUUGGUCCAGUUCAGUACUUCAUGAUCUUACAGCUAGAAAAUCUUGUCUGCUGUCUAAUCCCUCCUUGUUCAGGACAAACAUUCCUUAUCGUAGCCUGCAUGAACAUGGUGAACAGCUUAUCGCCUUCAUCUUUGCAACCGCAGCCUUUUAUGGAUGUGACAUUUAGGUACUUCGUGUAUCAUUAACCCGUGUGCCUUUGGUUUGCUCACAUCGAGGUGGAACAGAUUCUCCUUCUUCCAUCUUUCCUUGUAGAUCUGUGAUCUGGACUCUCUCCAGUUAGUCUACAGCCUUCUCGAAGAGCAAUACCCAUCUUGCAACCUCCUGCUGAAUGCGUGAGUAAGGCAGAACAUAUUGAUUCUCCCACACAAAAGAUACACAUGAGGUUUGUGACAGAAGUACUAAGGUCGAAGUGAAGUCUGGAUGGAGAUGUGUGUGUAAACACCGAGAGAAAGAAGCAAAUGAGGCUUGAAAGAAUGGCCAGUAGUGAUAAUGAAGAGCUCCCCUCCCAGCCCCAGUUCCUGGGAUGCCUCUCCUUAACAACCAGUGAUUUCUGCUCUGCGUGUGGCUGAUCUCAUCCAGGCCCCUUGGGCUCUCACAACGUGAUGCUUGUGAGGGUCUGGGUGAAAGAGAUCUGUAAGAGAGGCAUUGCGUGUGUGUGUAAAAUCAGCUUCUUGGGGAGGGUUUCAAGGAAAAACAAUGACUUAAAAGCCCCACUGUCAUCAUCUCCUCCCAGCAGAACUCUCACUGAAAUACGCUGUGUAAAUGUUUCUACACCCGGUGAGAAAUGUCUGGUGUUGUUAGCAAACAUCUGGUAUUAACCAGCAUGAAUGAACCCCCACAAGCAUGAAUAAUACUUCAGAUAGAAAAGGAGAGUAAGGGCUCCGAGCAGUUUGGGAACGUUUCCAAGUAGCGAGGGAUUUUUGACUGCAGUUGAACUGUAUGAGCAGACUGUAGGAUGGCAAUGGGGCUACCUACAGCACCCGGAGGUCCUCCACCCUGCAUCCACUGCCCUGAACACUUCUCAGGCCUGAAGUGUUUAGCCCAUGUUAUUGGUAGCCAGAAGGAUGCUAUUAGAGCUUCAAGCUGACAAGCCUUGGGUUUUGCACCUCCUGAACCUUUUGCAUUCCAUUUCUCCAGGAACACUGUGCCACCAAGGUCCUUGCUGUCCUCCUUUCUGUACCUUCAGGUCUUUUUUUUCCCUUUGAUCCCUGCUGCUCCUCCCAUGCGGUCCAUUCCCUUCUUCCUGUUGCUCUUGCAAACCUUUCACACCGCUGCAUCCCAGCUGCCUCUGUUUUUCUCCCCAGCUGCCUCUGUCUCGCAGCUACCUGCUGUCCCUUGGGCUGCUCCCCGUUGUCACAGCUUAAUGAGGCUCUUGGCUCUGUGGUCCUUCUGCAGCUUCUCAGUGUACGGACUGACAGCCCUUUCCCUCCUGUUACAGACUGCAGCAUUUGCUGUAGGGCUCUGCUGAGCUCAGGCUACAGGCAGAGUAUCUUUCCCCUCCUGUGAACAACUCCAGGCUAUACAAAAGGGGAACCGAAGAAGAAAAGAUUGUUCCCCUCUUAGAGCUGUCCCCAUUCCCCUUCCUUGUGUGACUCAUACGGAACAAAGACAAACUGAUUUUAGAGCUAAUGUCUUUAAAAUUAGAGCCCUCUUGGGUCUCUGCUGCUGACAGAAUCCAACCUGCCUCUCCUACUGGGCUGGUGGUUUUUGGACCAGGUGUGCAUGGAUUAGAGAGUUUAAAGGACAGUCACAGCAGCACUCAGCUGGGUAUAAAGGCAAUAUGUGUAUAAAGGCAAUAUGUGUAUAAAGGCAAUCCUCAGCUGGGUACAGGAAAAGUGGAAAUAAAACAGGAGCAGAACCCUCUCCAGUCAACACCAGUGGAAUAAAACAGCUAAGUUUAGUGCUAUCGUAUUGACGGAUCCUGUCUAUGAACGUACAUGAUGUGGGUGUCAUCUGUUGGCGGUGCCUGCACCCUUUGAGUACGAGCAUCAUGGCACCAAGUCCUUUUGACAGAGCAGCCCUGGGGAUGGGUCACUGGCCAGAAGAUAGCAAAAUGGGAUGCGGUGACCUUAGGGCAGUGAGUUCUGGAGCAGAAGCAGGCUGAGAUUUCAUGGGAGAUACCUUGCCUGAGCCGUGCUUUCAGGCCCUGUUUGAGCAGGGGAUGCCCAUGGUUGCAGUCCUUUCUCCGUGGCUUUCUUCUUUACUUUUAGUAAAAAAGAACACAGUUAUCUCUGCCCCCUGGUCAGAGGCAGCCUCAAGAUUUGUUCAUUAACCCUCAAAGAGAAAAAUGCUGUUGGAAGAAGUUUUUGCUUGAUACAGAAAGCGUCAGCGGACAGAACAGCCCUGCAGAGCAGUGGAAGCAUACCCGGGAUGCUGCCUGGAGAUGCCGACUGCCGUGCUGAGUCUCUGAGCGUCACAAGGGUGUGAGCACAGCAGUGAGCAGAGAACAGGGCUUGGGGGGCUUGUUUUGAUUCCUGCUUCGGCCUCCCAACCCAACGCGCUUAACGCACAUCAGGGAACGGGCAAGCAGACACUUUGUUCUCACAUCUUGCAAAGUCAAUCAGUUGCAUAAUAGGAAUCACAGAGGCAGCGGGAACGUGAUGAAGUGCAGGGGAGGGAAACAUCAAACGUUUUAUUGUGGCUCUGGGCGGGUGAACCCUCUCACUCCCUGAGUUAUUUUUCCCAAACUGCCUGUGAGCCUGUUUUGCAUCAGCUGCCUGUCACUCUGGAUGCAGCUCAGACUGCAAAGUUAACGUCCCUGGAGCCCCUACCUAUUAGAACAGGAGAGAUAAGCAGCCCCCAAAAGCCUCCAGAAUUAUUUAGAGAGUUUAAAUUGGCCAGUUUCCUUUCCAUCAGCCUCGCAGAGGGGCAGGGAUUGCUUAGUGCCUGUGCAGCACGGUGCGCUGAGCAGUACCAGCGUGGGUGCGAGACGGGUGGGAGCAGCACCAGAUCCAGGUAUUGCCCCGGUCUCUUGAUUCAGAAGGAUGACCUCCUGAGGGAAAGUGACCUUUUUGCUAAGCUCAGAGCUCCUGCAGCUUGGAAGAGGUGUAUAGGCCGCUGGUGUGGUGUGAUGCAAGUCCAUUCCUGUGCCACUCGUCUGAAGCCGGGCUGCACCAGGGAUCUGGUUAAUUUGGUAGCCUGAGCUCUUGGCUGCUUCCUCUCCUGAGGUUCUGCUUUUCAUUUAUCAAAGAGCGCUUAAAAAUUAUGGCAGAUUCAUAGAGCUUAUUUAAAGUUUGGUCUGCUAAUGGGCCCACAUCAGAGGCGACAGGCCCUCCACGCUGGUCAGAAAGUACAACCGAGGGUCAGCCUGAAGAGGCUGUGGGCGUUGUUGGCAGCGCCUGACUGUGACGGGAAAGAAAAGCCUCUUUGUAGGUCGCUGCUGACUUAGAAAAUGGCAGCUUAUCAGCCUGUUCUUUCCCAGUGCGAGGUCUGAUGUGGUGCCUUACCAGAUGCACAGCGUGUGCCUGCUGGCAGCUUUGGGAGAAGGGGGCUGAAGAAAGCAGGGUUGCAAGGUGGAGAGCACUGGGGUGUGUUAAAAGGAGCAAAGCUAGAAAUAAAUCACUCCCAUGCAAUGCCUUUCACUGUCUCAGGCAAUUUUCUUCUUUCCCUACCAAACUGCAGGAGCAUUUGCUGUUGACAAGCACAGCCAAGAGCAGUGGGAGAAUAUAAUGAGCGCGAGGGGCUUCUAGGCUUUCUUGCUCUACUUUGCAAAUUUCUCUCUCAUCUCUGCGAUAUUAGCGCUAUUUUUAGCUUAUCUUAGUCAGAGAGAACAUGACCGAUUCUCCAUUAUGGAUCUCAGGGAAAUAGAGAUGGUGAGGGAUGUGCCAAGUAGAAGGCUGGUGCUGGAGGCCCGUGCACAACACAGCUCUUCCAGUGGUCCCACGUGCUGCCCCAAAGCCCUGGGGCGCUGCCUUUAGUUCUAAGCAGCCUCCCUUGCAGAGCAGCAAGGCUGCUCAGCACGUGCACAGGCUCCCUCCAGAGACAGCCACAUCUCCCAGGGGACCCCUGGCUGUCAGUGUUCCCAAGGAUCGGAUUGACCAGAUGCCAUGGGAUGCAUCCUCCUCCUUCCCACGGCUCAUCUCUCCUCACAUAGCCUCCUGCCCCCUCUGUACGUCACUGACCACUUUUCUCCCUCCUGCUCUCCUCCUUUCCAGCUCUCAUGACCCCAGUCUUUCCCCUUUCUGGGGCCGGCAAGGCUCCAUCUCCAUCCUAUCCCUCCGCCUGACUUCCCCUCCGCAGACACUCCAACAUAAUUGAUGCUCACACAGCUGGGUUUGCUGCUGGGGGUCUGGUAGGACACAUCUCACAGGGCGGAUGUGAAUGCAGAGCAUGGCAUGACUGGGGUGUGAGACCUUUGCAGUGACAGAGGUGUUCCCGGUAACAAACCUGGGUCUGUAACUGGCAAUCCUUUCCAGCUGGGAGUAGCCCUUGGAAUUGGACAGCAGUCUCAUGUGAGAGCUGUGUGGAUGGCUGGGCUGACUGGAACUGCAGUAUUGUUUCAAAAAAAAAACAGGGAAAAACAACUUCUCAGUGCUACCCUCGCCAGAGACUUGCAGUUUCCAACGAUGCACAAAGAAGAUAAACACUUUGCACUUAAGGCAUAUCAAGCACUCUGUACGUGGUAGCAAUUUAUACCGUGAUAACACUGAACGCUACUGCUCCCUUUGGAGCCAUGCUUGUCUCUACAGCAAUCAGAAACAGUGCCUUGGAUCUGAACAUUCCUGAUCUGAGAACAUAAAGAUCCAAAAUGCACCUUCUCGUGUAUAUCUCUGAGAAUAAGCAAGGCAACAUCUCCUUUGGCUCCUGCACUGCAUCCCUGGGACCGUAGGUCUUCUAUGGUUGCCAGUUUAAGGACUCCUUAAGGAGCCCCUUCCCUGGGCUGCCUCCAGCUCCCAGCAGCUCGAGUGUCUCCCCAUGACAUGGCAGUGUGACAUCCUGCAGCAGGCCCUGCAGUUGGCACAAGCAUCACCAGGCACAUGGGCUGCUCUUGGCCACGCGUGCCAAGAGUGGAAGCCGUGCUUCUGCCCGGCAUCUCUUCAUUUAUUUAUAUUACAUCUUAAUCGCUUCAUUUAGAGGCCUUCCUCUGCAGAAGUUUCCGAGUGAUCCUACUUUAGAGGAGCCAGUUAGUGGUGCUAGGGGCUUGAUUCAAACCAGAUCCAAAGCCCCUCUUUUUCUCCCUGUGUUGACUUAUGCCUCUGUGGAGCACCAAAGCACAAAGAUGCCGUGCUAUACUGGUUAUACUGUAUACAACUACAUAUAUACGACUAUAUAUAUAUAACACUCUAUACAUGUAUACAGAUACUGCUUUCCCCCAGUGCUGCAGUUGCACAUUUUUGCUACGCUGGUUGUUUACCAUCAGCAGUUUCACCCUGUCCGCUUUGCCCCCAUGACACAGGUCGAGGAACUUCAGGCUGGGAUCAGCUUUUGUUCCACGCCCUCUCCUUUUACUGCUUGCUCUCCGUGAUUCCUCAUCCAGCAGCCCGUCACCCCACUACUGAUAGCUGGCAGCUUUUGAAGCUGCCCUCCUGGCAUCGUGCAGUGCUUUGGAAGAGAUGUUCCUCCGGUUCAGGUGCCGUCCUUGCUUCUGUGUUCCCUCAGCCUGCAAUCAUGACGCUCUGCAUCCCCACCCACAGACUUGCCAGGCAUCACCUUUUAGAUAGCCAGCAUACCCCCGAGGCAGGCGCUGACAGAUGCUUGCUGCUUCCAAAGUGCUGUUUAUAAGCACACUUAGAGAAUUAAACAUCCAACCUGUGACUGGAGCAGCGAGCAACAAGCUGUGGCUGCGCAGCCGUGACCUCACUGCAAAGUGUCCCUGGGGCUUCGCUCUCCUGAACAAAACUGUGGCCUCAUUCCCUGGCAUGGGCCUCCGAGGUAUGGCAGCUCUAAUCCUGCUCUGCUGCUGCUGGGAAGAUAAGGGGGGGAGGAAGGAAAGUCAAGGCUGCAGAUCUCGCCAGAUAUGCAGCCAUGAAAGAUGUGGCCUUGCAGGCUGCAAUCCAGUGAUCACCUCAGCAGAAGAUAGCUCAGCCACGUUAAAGUUGGGCUUUCCAAAGCUGUAGACAAGAAGUCCCUGCACAGCUGGGUUGCCAAGGUGCAGGAGGAGCAGGGAGCGUUACAGCUGCAUGUAAAGGAGAUGAUGCUCGUAGUUCCUGACGCAGCCAGGCUCUCCCUCCUCACUUUCUGCCUCCCCUGCAUCCUUGGGUAUGCUCAUGUGAAGCAGUCAGCCCAUGAGUGAGAGGUGACCACAGUGCCCUUUAGCUAUUAGCUUGGACAGGUGGUGGUGCCCAAUCCCUGCAGGCACCCAAGGUCAGGCUGGAUGGGCUCUGAGCACCUGAUGGAGCUGUAGGUGUCCCUGUUCAGCACAGGGGAGUUGGACCAGAUGGCCUUUAAAGGUUCCUUCCAAACCAAGCAAUCCUAUGCUGCUAUGAUGGAGCCAAUCUGAGCUGUCCCACCUUCGCCUCUGACUGCUGCUGCCUUGGUAGGACAUUUCCCAGCAAGCAGAAUAGCCCUGUAGUCACCAAGCUAUUAACCUUUUGAUCAGUGCAGGAACGCUGGUAACACAGAUGACAGCAGACCCAUCUGAAAAGGAGGUGAUGUAAUUGAUACCAGCUGACAUGAUUUAAUGGAAAAAAAACAAAAACCAGACCUUUUCUAAUGAACCUAAUUGUGCUUUUCUGAGACAGAUGUGGUGAUAAAACAGAUUGAUAAAUGAGUCUGACUUGCUCUCAAUAUUUGGGUUGAAAUACCAUAAAAUCCGUAUUAAAUGGACUCACAACUGGCUGAGACAUCUCCAAGUGUUUUUAGCAUUUGGAAAGCAUCGGUGAAGAGGCAUAUGGUGGCUUGGUUUGUGGUCCAGUGUUGUUGAGAGCUUUCUGAUCAAGAGGAAAUGUUUCAGGGGCUGUUAAUCACAAUGGACGAUGAGAUGGAGAUCUGGGAGCUGGAAGGCGAAUUACUCCAACUGCAGCUCUUUCUGCUGUUUGAUGCCCAGAAACAAGAGCAAUGGUCAGGCAAAAAAAACCUUUGUUUCAUUGGCAAACCCAAACCAGGAGGAAAGAAAGUACAUACAAAGUAUGUAAUAUAGACACGUGUACCAGUAGGAAUUACCUGGGAGUGUGGGAACGUUGAAUGAGUUGCUUCUUUGCUUGCAUAAUGUCUAUGAAGAUGGAGCCUGCUUCUUGAAUAAGCCAACAUCUACAGAGCAUCGCUUCAGAGAGGAGCAGGCUCAGCAGAACAACUCAAAGAUGCAUCGCCUUUUCUUGUCCUAGACAAGAAAAGCAAAGAGGUGACUGGGUCAGCCUGGAGAUAAGUCCAUGCACAGAAAUGCUGCGUGUGAGCAGCGAAUGGAGCGUGUGGCAGCAGGGUGAGUCAUGGCUCCUGUCGGGGCUAAUUGGGGAAUGGAUGUUUUCCCUGCAUAGGUUGCCUCGGGCUGCUUACCAGCGCUGUGGCUGCGGUCAUGCAUGAAGUCAGGCACUGCACUGCAGAGACAUGGGACGGUUCUGUUUCUUUGUGCUGUGGAAUGCCACUUCUAGGAAUCCCUGUGCUGGCUGGGGGACCUGAUGGAGACAAAUUAGGCUUUCCCAUGCAUCUUUGAGAGAAGCCGAGCGCCAGCAGAACCCCGGGACAGGAAAUGUGGCUGCUUGCAGUGUCAGGAUGCAGGCGCACACAGAGCUGAUUCAUCCAAACUCACACCCAGACGGUCAUUCCAGGGUGCCCUGCUGCCAGGUCAUUAGCAGUAAUUCAAUCAAACCGUACGUGUCAGUGGAGAAGAUGUGGUCCUUGCCAACGGAACAGUCUUACUCACUGACAGGUGUGCUGGAGGAGGGAUGCGCGGUUGGUGGGGUUCCAUGCAAAAGGGUGCUUGCAGGGGAUGCUCAGCACGCAGAGACAUGCUGGGGCAGCCCCAAGGAGCCUGGCAAACCAGCAGGAGCAGCAGAAAGAAGCAUCCAGCCUGUACAAACCUCAGAAAGACGCAGCAAGGAAAGAGCCUUGUGCUGCUGGGAGGGCAAUGGCCUCUGGUAGUGUCACUCUGGGCAAUGACCACAGGAGCAGCGCUGCUAUGCUCCCAGCCUCCUCCCACGGCCUGUGCUGCGAGCUGAGGGACACAUCCUGCACUGUGAGCUGAGGGAUGCAUCCCACACACGCACACCAGUGGGGGAGGCGGAUGAGCAUGUGCAUGGCUUGUUCCCUAGCAAUAGCGGCAGGAGGGAAAGCUCUGCUUCUUGUUGCAUCUCCCAGGCCGCUGUGAGGAAUUCCUUGGCAUUUACUUAGUGCUUUUUCAGGCUCUUUUCACUUCUGACAGCAUCAUGUUUCAAGGCUGUGGCAGUAUUUGUUAGGGAUGUUUCGGCAAGGAGCCCCCAGCUUUACACCCCCUGCCCAUCCUCACUGCUGACCUCCCCACCCUUCUCUGCCCGCAGGCAAGGCAAGCAGAGGUUGCAUGGCACACACAAGAGCCGCCACGCUUCCACCUGGCAGGGAUGGGAUCUUGGUGUCAAGAACAGCCCUACCUGUGUGCUGGGAGACAAGGGCUCGUACAAGGGAGCAGCCUGUGCACAUGAUGGUGUGUGACACCCUCUUGUAAUGAUGGUACAGACCGUGCUGAGCAGCAACUCAAUAAGUAUCAGCCAGCUCUCGCUUCCAGGGGGGUGCUUUCAGCCUGCCUCUGCCUUCUGCGCCCUCCUUGGGGUGAGGAGAAGCAGCACAGCUGGAGUCAUUCAGCUCUCCUUUGGAACAACACCAGAGCCGGGCAGUGCAGCCAAGCAUCCCCAUGCCCAGGCGUGUGGUGCGUCCGUCCUUUAGCACAGAGCAGCCUCAGUGCUGCCAGGCAGUCCCCUCCGAGGAGACACUGCUGUGCCCAUUGUGUUGACGAAUCCUCUCCCCUCAGUGCUCAGAGCAGCAAGGCCUGGCUUUUGAUUAGGGGCAAAUACAGGUGGGGAAGCGAGGUAUUCGUGAUACCCAUAUAUCCAAGGCAGCCAUGUUCUCCACAUCUCUUUUCUUUCCUACACACGUGCACGAGCUGUCCUUAAACACCACUGUGCUGGGACUAGCUCAUUUGGUAUGCCAGUGGUGAUGCGCCCCUCAGACCUGUUCUUUCAGCCUGAUCAAAGGCACACAUCCACACGCCUCCCCAACAAAAGUCCCCAGUCUCAUCUGCCUGGGUGGUUCCCUGGUGAAUUCACAUUCCCAUUUCCUCACGGCUCCAGCUUCUGCGUUUGCUGAGGCUGUGGGAACCCGUGGGGUUUUGAAUUCUUGUCCCUUAUCCUCCCUAGGUUCCUUUAAAAGGAAUGGGAAAGAGGAGCUGACAGAACCGAUUCCCUGGACCCUUUUGGCUGCUCCCCUCUGAAAUCUUCCCCCAGCUUUUAUCUGCACCAUACCAUCUUUUGCAACAGGGGAAAGCCCCUGGAGCUUUUUCCAUCCUUUGCAAAGAACCUACCUCUGCAGCCACCCCGCUUCAUUUCUGUGCCAAAGACAUGAAGCAUCGUCUGGGUGUCUUGCUGCAGAAGUCAGAAUCCUGUGACUAUGGUUCUUCCCAGGGCAAGAAGGAGAAAGUAUCUCCAAGCCAGAGGGUUAGCCAAGAGGAAGUCAAAAAGUGGGCAGAGUCGCUGGAAAACUUGAUCCAUCAUGACAGAGGACUGGCUGCUUUCCGUGCUUUUCUCAAAUCCGAGUACAGCGAGGAAAACAUCGAGUUCUGGGUCAGUUGUGAGGACUACAAGAAAACCAAGUCGCCGGCCAAGCUCAGCACCAAGGCCAGGAAGAUAUACGAUGAGUUCAUCUCUGUGCAGGCAACGAAAGAGGUGAACCUGGAUUCGUGCACACGGGAGAAGACGAGCCACAACAUGCUGGAGCCUACACUGUCCUGCUUUGAUGAGGCUCAGAGAAAAAUAUUCACCCUCAUGGAGAAGGAUUCUUACCGCCGUUUCCUCAAGUCCCCUUAUUACCUGGACUUGGUCAGCCCACCCAGGGCUGGCUGUGGGCCCGAAAACUGCAAAAGAGCCCACGCUCAUGCCUUAGACUGUAACUCUAACAUCAUCUCCCAGUGUGCCUGAACCUGCAGCGAGGCCAGGAGCAGGCUGGGCUCUCAUAGGAAUAUAUGGCAGCAAAAACAUUCAUUGGCAUGAAGCAACAGAGCUGUCUUCAGUAGCUGUCUAAUGUCCCCGUUGUGUCCCGUGUCACGCAGCAGCCAGCACUCGUAACCCAAGCCAGGCUCAGUUUGUGCAGCAAACCUUCCUCUGACUCCAACCGUGUAGGAGCCCUGGGGUCUGUCUGAUGUGAGAGCGCAGUGAGGUCACUGCGGGUCCAUUUGUGACAGGCGCUGAGCCCAGCAGGCUGGGAGCAGCAGGGAAGGGGCGCACACACUCACACCCAGCACUGUCUUGUGAUGGGGGCACAGUCUUGUGAUGUCACGUUGUGACACUUAGCAAGGAGCAGGGAGGCCAAGUGAGGAGGUGGGGACCGAUAGCUGCCCUUCUGAUCAGCAAGAGCUUAGGUGGGAAGGAAGGGCUUGCUCUGGUCCUUAGCUGUCCGUAUAGCGCCCAGCUAUCAGGCACUGGGAGAGCUCCACUCUUUCUUGGAGGGAGUCCACCACUUUCAGGCUAGCACACAGCCUCCUGUGGUCAUCUCUGCACGAAACUCUCCCCAAGCUGCUUUUCCCUCUGGAGCAUCGAGAUGAAGUUGGCCAAGGACCUUAUCUUUGUUUAAGGCUGCACGGAGCUAUUAUUUGGGGGGAGGUCCAUUUUUUUGCACGUAGCUCUACCCUUCCUGCUCCCAGACUCAAACUACCCUUCCAGUACCGUAGCAGAGCAGAAAUGAAACGUGUUCCUUCUCUUCCAGACACAGCUGCAUAUUAGUAACUCUUGAAUGCAGGUUUGCCUGUCCUGACUUGAAUGAAGCAGUCUGUAAUGGGCUAAGGCCACUACUGCAACAGCUGAGGAGGGAAGGCACUGCUUGGGGGUACUUGAAAUAUGUUGGGGGGGGGGGGUGGUUGUUUGCCUUUUAAGUUAUUAAUGUGAGUUAUUCGUGUCACUCAGUAGUUGCAUUGCUCACUUUUGUCCCGAAGAUGGUGGAAGGGGUGUGCUGGCCUCGUUCCUGCUCCUGGGCUCUGCUCAUACUCUCCCCAGCCCUCAGUCUUUCCCUAGCUGGAAAUUGCUGCUCUGACAGCCCUCCAUUCCUCGCUCUGCAUCCCCGCUCAGACAGCUGUCCUCACAGGGGUUCUGACACGGCAGGAGGAGGCUGUGGCUCUCCAGUAGGUGCUCUGAGGCCCACACAGAAGCGUCUCUUCUAACACCUGCUUUCUUUUGCAUUUCUUCGUGUGCUGACACAUACCACCCUGCAUGUUCAGCUGCAAGAUGGAGAGCUUCUAAUAGUGUGAGCAUAGCUGAGCAUGUGGCUAUGUUUUAUUUCCCUCUGGUACCGGGAACUCUUGACAACUCUUGCAAAAAAAAAUAAUAAUAAUAAUAAUGUAUUGAUAUUUAAAUAAGGAUGAAUACAUACUAAAUAAAACGUAUUUGGAUUA